GAUUACUGUCUGAAGAUCAAACAAGAUGAUACAAGGUAUAAACCACCUGAAGACAUAUAUUUUACAAUGCAAUAAUGGACAAAGUAAUUAUAUUUUAUUGCCUGAAUAAUAGAUACAUAUUUGUUAAUACAUUUAUACAGAAAUAAAAAUAAACAUCCUGGAUGUCUAUCUCUAUUGAAAUAUAUACUCUGUGGCGAUUGUGUAUCAUGGCAAACUUAUGAAUGGACCACAUCUUAACAUUCUAAUAUUACUCGGACAUUUGAUUUAGAAAGACAUUGUUCAAUUACGGGUAAUAUUUUGGGAUUUAUUUUCUUCGUGCAUGUGUUUGAAUUGAAUGAAAACUAAUAUUUACGUAUUUGUGUUUCGAUCUCUGAUGGAUUUAAAAAUCGCAAAGGAUUUUUAUUUAUCGACAACCAUUUUCAUGUGGUCAGUUGUUGUCAGUUAGACCUUUUAAGUGAAGAACAGCAAGCUCUUGCUAUAUAAAAAAAAACAAAUAAGGAGAGCAUUGAUUAAUCGAAACAAGACACUCAUUAACCCAAGGAGAAGGUUAAUAUUAUGUGACAAAUCACCUAGGAUUACAAGUACAUUAGCAUACGUACAUGUAUGACAUACACUUUCCUUCCACUUUACAUUCAAUCAACAGUGAAUAAUCAAAACUAAAAAUCAAUAGUUUGCUUUCGUUUGAAUUAAUUCGUUGGCAGUAUGUAAAACUUCUUGCACAGCACCAUGCGAGGGAGUUAAAGAUAACAGCUUUAAAGGAUCACCAAGGAUAGGUUGUCUAGAGGCUGAAUUGCCAAUAUGUCUCAAAACGGAGAAAUACAAUUGUCAUAUGCAAGUAGUGAAGAUUUGUUAAGCAGUGUCAUCAACGUUUACAGGGAACUAACUGCAGACAGGGUACACGAUGAAGACUUAUCAGAUUUAACACCGAAUCAAAUCAGAGAGAUUACUGAUUCCAGUUUGGACUUUGCUGAUAUUGGAAUGCCAAUUGAGUAUACGUUAAAUCGGCGUCUACAAAACACAGAAGCACCUAGAAUUACAGAGGAAAACAUAAUGUGCGAAUUACAUGGAGAUUGUGAACUGACACAUUUUUGCAGGAAAUGUGAAGUUCCUGUUUGUCAAUUAUGUAGACCAUCACUGAAACAUAAAGGCCACAGAACAAAACGUAUAGCAGUGGCAGUAGAGGAAAGGAAACAAGAGCUUAAUGACAAGUAUAUAAAAAUGGAACAAGAUAAGAUCAAAGCACUUCGUAGAAAUCAGGUGUUUGUUGAAAACGAAAAAUCAAAUGUCAGAGCGUCUUGCGACGAGGUUGUAGCAAGGAUUCGCCAAAGGUGUGCUUAUAUGAAAAGUGUCCUGGAUACAAUUGCAAAUAAUUUUGUUAAAGAGGUAUAUUACAAAAAGAAAAACUGCUUACAACAGUACACAAAUAUCCAGAAAGAAAUUGAGAGAGAAAUAAAAGAGGGUGAUUGUGUUCUAAAACGCAUGGUUCAUCUAUCUGAAUCACCUAACGAUCAACAGUUUUUAAAAGAUUUCAAAGACCUUAAAGAAAAGCCAAAUGUUGUUAGAAAAGUUCCAAGCGUAUGGAAGGAAUACGUCACGUUUGGUCAUGGGCGUCUUUCAGUCGAAGAGUUAAUUGACAAGUUUGGCUCGGUUAGUUUUGUACUGGCGACUGAUGGAGGAGCUUUUACUUAUGAAAGCAAACGACAACAUGGACGACUUUCGUGUAGAACUAAAACAUCCUUUAGAUGUGAAAGAAAGAAGGUUGAAACUGAUGAUGACGACCAAGGAGGGUCCAUCAACUCAAUUGUCAAACACGGGAAUAGUCUUUGGGUAAACUCCGGUCUCAAUUCAAAAAGUAUAUCAUUGGUUAAUGAAAAUGGAAAGACAACUAGGUCACUGCCUUUAGGGUUCAAAAUAGAAGACAUAACGUGUUCUAAAAACGGUGAGCUAAUCAUCUCUUCAUUUCGAGACAAAGUGAUAAGAAAAGUUUCUAAUAACGGAGUUACAAGCGAUCUAUUCAAUAUACCUUACCAUCCGAAAGGUAUAACUACAACUAAAGAUGGCGGUUAUCUCGUGUGUAUGUGUGAAAGCUAUUCUACGUCUGUAUGUGAAGACAGUCGUCGUCUUGUUGUAAAAUACACGUCCGAGGGCGACGAGGAAUGUGUUUAUGAAUAUAACGGAGAAGAAAAGCUGUUUACACGACCGUUUAGAGUAACAGAGAAUAUAAAUGGAGAUAUAUGUGUAAUUGAUAAAACUGCCAUGGGCAGUGGUCAAGUGAUAAUUUUAGACAGAACCGGACUUGUCAAAACGAUAUAUAGUGGAGAUAGACAUCAAACAAACAACGGUCAUAUUAAUAAAAUUGUAUCCAGAUUUGCCCCCUCUGACAUUGCAUGUGACAAGAACGGCCGAAUUUUUAUUGUUGAAUCUGACAAUCAUAAAGUGCACCUUUUGAAUAAGACUGGAAGUUUAAUUGGACAUUUUUUAACGAAUGAAAGUGACUUUUUCUGUCCACUUUGUAUAGCUACCGAUGAAAAUAACCAGAUCUGGAUAGGAAAUGAAUAUGGUGAAAUAAAAAUGUUUACGUGUGACUGGCAAUGAAAUAAAUGCAUGAAUACGUAUAGAUUAU